AUGAUGUUUGGUGGCAAGGUGAAGGUGGACAAGUUGGGCAAGGAGUUUUACAAGGCGAGCGAGAAGAAUGACGUCGAGAAGAUGAAGCAGAUCAUAGAGUCAGGGCUUGACCAACGCGCCCUGCAACGAGCUCGGCUGGCAUUCAAAGGGCAGCUCGAGGUGGUGAAGAUGCUCUUGGACAAGGGCUGCCCGGUUGACAUCCGAAACGCACAGAAGGAGACCGCGCUCACACUUGCCGUCAUGUACAACCGCGCCGAAACAGUGAAGUACCUGUUGGAGAAGGGAGCCAACCCGCGAGUUUCGGACUGGAUGGGCAGGACGGUGCGCGAUGCGGCAGAGCAAUCGUUCACCCCCAACGAGGAGGCCAAGCAGGUCUUGCUGGAUGCCCUGUCGCCCCAGAAAGGAACGGCAGCGGGGAAGACAGGAUCGUGCCAGGUGUGCGGGGCUCCCUCCUCGCAGCGGUGCGGCAGGUGCAAAGCCGCCUCCUACUGCUCACACGAGUGUCAGCGCAGGUAA